CGGGCAGUUUGGCCCCGCCCACUCUCCGACCUCGGCGUCGGCUGCGCGAUGACGUCGACGGCCGGGCGUCCGUCCGGGCGGGGCGGGGAGGUCGGGGGAGAUGUCCGGAGAUGGCGGAUGGCGCAGAACUGAAGCACAUGGUGAUGAGUUUUAGAGUGUCAGAACUGCAAGUGCUCCUGGGCUUCUCUGGCCGGAACAAGAGUGGCCGGAAGCACGAGCUGCUGACCAAAGUGCUGCAUAUGCUGAAGACAGGCUGCAGUCCAGCAGUGCAGAUGAAAAUCAAAGAGCUGUACAGAAGACGUUUCCCCCGCAAGAGCCACUCCGCCAUGGAGCUGCCCCUGCUGUCCGUCCAGACCAGUGUGGGUCUGCCGUCGUCCAGUGCAGCGCUGGGUCUGAGCAAUCCCCCUCAGCUUCAUUACAGUGCCUCUGCUGCCUCGGCCUUGCUGUCGCCACUGCUCUCUCCCCUGGGCAUGCUCACUCCCAAACGCGAGAUAGACCUGCAGCACCUGUCGCCGCCGGUGCACCCUGACGUCAAAAUGAGGAGGCUGCCUUUCUACGAUAUCUACGACGAGCUGACCAAACCGACCACGUUGGCCUCGAAUACUGGGCAGCGGUUUGAGGAAGCUGUCGUUACUUUUGCGUUAACUCCGCAGCAGGUUCAGCAGAUCUGCUCAUCCAGAGACUUGUUACUUGGGGCUAAAGGUGAUCACACAGUACAGGUACAGCUAAGGUUUUGCUUGUGUGAGACCAGCUGCCCUCAGGAAGAUUAUUUCCCUCCCAACUUAUUUGUGAAAGUCAAUGGGAAGCUCUGUCCUUUACCGGGCUACCUCCCUCCAACUAAAAAUGGGGUGGAGCCAAAGCGACCCAGUCGGCCAAUCAACAUUACCUCACUGGUUAAGCUCACGGCGACUGUCCCCAAUGUGAUCAUGAUGAACUGGUCCUCUGAGUAUGGCAGGAAUUACUCUGUGUCGGUGUAUCUGGUCAAGCAGCUGACGUCGGCCACACUCCUGCAAAGGCUGAGAGCCAAGGGGAUCCGGAACCCGGACCACUCGCGGGCCCUGAUCAAAGAGAAGCUGACUGCAGAUCCCGACAGCGAGAUCGCCACCACGAGUUUACGCGUGUCACUUAUCUGCCCUUUGGGAAAGACGAGGCUUCACGUGCCGUGCCGUGCGCUGACCUGCACACACCUGCAGUGUUUCGACGCUGCGCUCUACCUGCAGAUGAAUGAGAAAAAGGCCACCUGGGUUUGCCCCGUCUGUGACAAGAAAGCACCUUAUGAGAGCCUGAUCAUUGAUGGGCUCUUCAUGGAAAUCCUCAACUUGUGCACACAUUGUGAUGAGAUCCUGUUCAAGGAGGACGGCUCCUGGAGCCCAAUGCAGCCAAAGAGAGUGAAGCAGGAGCCCCUGUGGACAUCAUAUAGCAGCACUGAGGCAAACACCGUAUCAAAGGAGCCCUUCUCCCGAGGAAAAUACUGCUCCCAGCGCAGUUCCAACGCUGAGGUGAUUGACCUGACGUUAGACAGCUCAUCAGACGAAGAGGAGCCUCCAGUGAAGAGACACUGCCACGUAGUGACCCCCACGCACCUCACCUCAGUCAACAAGCAGUUCCUGAACCUUCACCAGCUGCCUCCAGCACUCCAGACUCCUGUCUCGACCACGGUGUCUACAGACUACCUGCCUUCGCUCUCCAUCCCGGAAUACCACCUCUCCUACCACAUGCCGCCACUGCCUUCAGACUUUCAAGGUUUGGAUUUAUUUUCCUUCCUCCAAGCAGACGGCCAGAACCAACAGUCAGUGAUCAGCAGCUCCUCCGAAGACCUGGAUCCCAUGCGCUCUUCGCUCAGCCACUUCUUCCCCUUCACCUCGUCGCCCCAGUUCCUGGAGCCGGUGGUCAGCCCGGCUCGGAGCAUGCAUGGGACGGCUAGCCGGACCACCAGCAGCAUCAUCUCCAGCAGCGCUCCUGGGGAGAGCCGCCCACCCCCGCACACUGGCGGCACUGCCGGUGGAGCAGCUCCCAGCAACAUACUGGACGUCAUCUCCUUGGACUAAGAAGACACAAAAAAAAACCAACAGUGAGCGAGCACACCAAAUCGAAGCAGGAACGCGGUCGGAUUUGUAAAGAGCCCACAGAUCUGGACAGCAAUUCCCGGGAGAGCACACCACUCCGGUUUCACUCGGUUACCAGAUCAGUAAACUCUGGGGCACCAGCCUUCUGCCCAUAGCCAGGUAAAAAAUACCAUUGAUAAACGUUGGUCUGGACCCAUACUUCAGAACUCGCUCUUUCCCCACCACCCCUGCUACUUACCCAGUGAGAGGAAUAGGCAGAUCAGCCACACAGUUGGCCUCGGUCUGCCCUGAACUGACCGUGCCCCACUGGGAGUUGGGUAUGAUCUCUGCAUGUGCGAUUUGAGGUUCUGAAGGAUAACACAGGUGACUGUGAGUGAACUGAAGACACAUUUGUCUGUGUCUAAAAGCAGUGUCAGGCAGUUGUUUGCAGCACAGAAAGAGACUGUACCACAGGGAACAGAGCUCGAAGGUUGCUGUGAUCCACCCCACUUACACCAGGAGAGUUUGACACCGCAAGUCCCCACACGAAGAGAAGCAGAACCUUCUUGCAGUUCCCGUCCAGUUGGAGGGGAGGUAUAACCCUGAUUAUAAGCCCCUGGAGAUGCCAGGAAGAAUCCCAGCUGGAGUUUAGGGAGAGAUUCCUGAAUAAUCCCAGUAGGAGGAGGCGCUGUCAUGUUUUUAAAUGCAACCUUGUGUAUAUUUUCAAUGUUAAUUUUUCCCCCUUUUAUAAAACAAGUUACGUAAGGGAACUUUCUGUACAGAGAAAGCAAAUGAUCUAUUUUCAGUCAAGGAUAUUUUGUAAAUAUUAUAGAAAAGUAUUUUAAAAACAAAAUUUCCAAAGACUAUCUUUUAGCAGGACAAGCUAAGCAAGGCUGAAGCUCAAUUGUGCCUAUCACAUGCAGGUACCUCUAUCUGUACAUAUAACCGCAUAGUCUUCAUUGAGUAUAUCCCCAACAAAGGGACACCAACUGAUGCAGAUCGUAGACACCAGAGUUAAAAGCUGUGGGUUAAAGCACCCAAGAGGUUAAGGACGGGCUACUCCGUCACGCAUGAGGCAGGUGCUGUAGAUGUGGCAGUGGUGUCAACUUUUGGAAUUGUGUAUCAACCCAGUUAUCGCAAUUAAAGGACAAGAAAACUAACAGGCUGCUGCUGUUACUCUGUCAAAAUUUGAUGCG